AUGAAGUUCUCUCUGGCUGAUAGCAGCGCUGUUGUGCUUGCUCUGGCAACUCAGCUUGCCAGUGCGGCCGAUUGCAAUGCCGACAACUGUCUCCGCGCUCUGAGAGCUACUCAGACCCCGGGCCGCCUAGAGACUGCGCGUGCUUUCUGUGCCACUUUCACGGCUGGCACAGUUGCGCCUACUGCUACCCCGGCCUUCGCCCUCGACAACUGCAAGGCCAACCAAGUUGGCAAUGCUGAGGUUCGCAUCUCGAGUGCCUGUUCCUGCAUUGCUGCGCCGUCGACCACCACCAGUGUGGGCACCCCCACCGGGGCUGCUUGCUCUGCAGUCAGCGCUUCAUGGGCCGCUCAACUCGCAGCUACGGCUACACCGACUGUGGAGGCCAAGCUUGCCUACGACUGCAUCAACUCUGCGCCUCUGAACAAGGCGGCGGCUCUUAAGUUUAUCGACGAGCUGAAGCCGUACCUCGAGUGGCAGUCCGACUUGGCUUUCCUGAAGGACCCGCCAGCCGACUACUUCUUCCCGCCCCACGAUCUCUUCGGUGCUCUCGACAAAGUCCGUGCCGGUAUUGAGGCUGACCAGUACCCCAACGAAUACUCCUGGCAGCAGGACAUGUUCAUCAAUGUCUUCGGACCCGGCCACGACGGACACUUGUACGUUUACUCUGAUAUUCUCACCAACGCCAUUGAGUGGCAGAGACCCUAUGGUCUUGUCUCGAUCAGCGAGGACGGCAGCUCCACGCCGGUUAUCAAGAUCUACGAGGACAUCAUCUCAACCCCCGACACCGCGUCCACUCUGAAGCUCAUCAACGGUGUUGAUGCGGUCAAAUUCAUCCAGGACCUCAUCUUCAAGGUCACUGGCAACCAGGAUGCCGACUCUGCCUACAACUCCAUGUUCUACGAGAAGGCCUACGGAGCCGUCGGAGGCACGGGCUACUUCAAGCGGGGCGGCCGUACCCGUUACGUCUACCCUGGCGAAGCCACUUCCUUCACCUUCGAGAACGGCACCUCUGUCGAGCUUUCCAACGUUGCCAGACUCAAGGGCAACUGGACCGGCGUCGUCGACGGCACCACGUUCUUCAAGAAGUUCGCCCCAGGCGCCGUCGCCGCCAAGGAGGCCGCUCCCACCACUAGCGCCACACCGACUAGCUCCGCUGCACCCGCCGCCACACCUACUGGGGUGCCCGGCUACCCUGCCCCUGUCAUCAUCAGCAGCGACGAAAUUGUGUCUGGCUACUUCAUUGACCAGCCGGGCUUCGAGGAUGUUGCCGUCUUGGCUAUGCUCUCUUUCUCACCCGAGGACCCUCCUGAGUUCCAGAGGGUUGUUCAGGACUUCUUCGCGGCUGCUGUCCGCGCUGGAAAGACCAAGCUCGUCGUCGAUGUACAGGUUAACGGUGGUGGAUACAUCUUCCAGGGCUACGAUACAUUCCGACAGAUCUUCCCCGACAUUGUCCAGGAGGGCACUGGCCACUGGCGCUACUCCCCUGGCUUCAAGGCCGUCUCAGAAGUGUUCUCCAAGAACUGCGAGGGAUACGACCCCGAGACAGCUUCUGACGAACUCAUUCAACAGUGUGAGGCCGUUUACAACUGGGGCUAUGACUUGGACGGAAACCUGGACAAGUUCACCUCUUACUCGGACAAGUUCCCUCCGGCCGUGUACAAGGAUGACCAGUACACAGACCUCAUCCAGUGGGACUUCAACAACCCCUUGGACACCACCAACACCACCUAUGGUAUUGGUUACGACAUCACUGGCUACGGCUCUCGCAAGAAUUUCACCAGGCCCUUUGGCGGACCUGAGAACAUCGUUCUUCUUUUCGAUGGCUACUGCGCCUCGACUUGCACCCUCUUCUCUCAGUUCAUGAAGUGGGACGCCGGAGUAAAGAGCAUCGCCAUGGGUGGCCGUCCUGAAAUCAAGGGCAAGAUCCAGGGCGUCGGCGGCGUCAAGGGAUCGCAGAGCUACGGCUUCAGCAGCGUCUACGGCUACACGCAACUCGCCAAGGAAAAUACCGAGGACCCGGCCCUGAUUGCGGAGCUCGACCGCUUCACGACUUAUGUCACCUCUCGUUCUUCAGCCGCCGGUGUCAACGUCAAGGACGAAAUCCUCCGCCAGAACUGGGACGAUGGCACCCCUGCGCAGUUCAUUGCCGAGUACUCUGACUGCAGACUCUUCUGGGAGGCCAGCAUGCACACCGACAUCACCAACCUCUGGAAGGCCGCUGCCACGGCCGCUUUCAAGGGUGGAAAGUGCGCCUUUGGCGGCAUUGACUACGCCUCCACCGGAUCAGCUAGGAAGCGUACUGCUGAGCGCCCGGCGCCCUUUAACAGACCUCGUAUUGGUAUCCCGAAGGGUGUGCCGAAGCGCGUGCCUGUGGCCAAGCGCGACGUCGACGCUCCAAAGCCGUGGACCUUCGAGGCUAACCAGCUCAUGGUUGCUGAGAAUUAA